AUGCCUGAUCUCCUCAGCACCGUGAUCCCCCUCAGCAAGGAGAGCUCUCUGACAGAGUGUCCCUCCUUUCUCCUGGGUUUCGGCACCAAUGGACAGGACGACUGGUUGCAAUCAAAGGGGAAGGUGAAUGUGGUCAAAUACAGAGAUAUCCUGGAUGAAAACCCUCUCCAGAUUGCUCAGGACCUCAGACUGGGUCGAAUGUCUGCUGCUUUUGACACUGUUAAUCACCAGAUUCUCCUGUCCACCCUCAGAAAGAUGGGCAUCUCUGGAACCGCACUCCUGUGGAUCAAGUCCUACCUCUCUGACAGAUCCUUCACUGCUCGCAUUUCAGCCUGCCUGAGUGGCAUUUCUAGCUGGAUGAAUGACCAUCACCUUCAGCUUAACCUUAUGAAGACAGAACUCCUGGUGAUUCCAGCUCACCCAUUGCUUCAUCACAACUUCUCUAUACAGCUGGGUUUGUCAAUCAUUACUCCUUCGAGGACAACCAGAAACCUAGGAGUUGUGAUGGAUCAUCAGUUAAGCUUCACAGACCACAUUGCUACAAUGACCCAGUCCUGCAGGUUUGCCUUAUACAACAUUAGGAAGAUUAGACACUUCCUGUCAGAGCAAGCCACCCAACUUCUUGUCCAAGCUCUUGUUCUCUCCAGACUGGACUAUUGUACUGCUCUCCUGGCGGGCCUUCCUGCAUGUACUGUCAAGCCUCUGCAAUUGAUCCAGAAUGCAGCAGCAAGGGUUGUUUUCAAUGAGCCAAAAAAAGCUCACGUUACUCCUCUCCUCAUCAGGUUACACUGGCUACCAGUAGCCGCUCGCAUCAAGUUCACGGUACUGAUGCUAGCCUACAAGACGACCACUGGCACGGCACCGACAUACCUAAACUCACUGGUUAAAUCUUAUGGGCCCUCCAGAUGUUUGCGCUCUGCAAGUGAACAGCGGCUCGUGGUGCAAUCCCAAAGAAGUUCAAAAUCACUCUCACGGACCUUUUCCUGGACUGUGCCCAGCUGGUGGAAUGACCUCCCAAUCUCAAUUCGUACAGCUGAUUCUUUACUCAUUUUCAAGAAACAUCUAAAGACUCAUCUUUUUCGACAGCACGUAACCAACUAAUACUAGCACUUUUCCUUUUCUUGUCUUUCCAUUUAUAAAAAAAGUUCUAUACUAGACUAACUGAGACUUGUCAUGGCACUUGUAUACUGUUGUUGUUCUCUUGUUGACCUGACUGCUUCUAUUGUUCUCAUUUGUAAGUCGCUUUGGAUAAAAGCAUUUGCUAAAUGAUUAAAUGUAAAUGUAAUGUAAAACCUUGGGAGAAACCAGGCUCAGUUGGGGGGCCAGUUCUCCUCUAACCAGACGAAACCAAUUCAAGCCUAGUUCAAUUCCAGGCUGCAGUCAGUCAGAUUGUGCAGGAGAA